UGCCCUGGCGGCGCGUGAGGUGCCAUGUUAUCGCGGCCGCAGUGCUGGAAGCUUCCCACUUAUUGGAAGAUGUCACCAGUUGGAGCAGCAUUGUCCUGUUCCUGUCUUCGUCCUUUAGCAGCCAUACAGAAGAAGAGCUUCCUUGGUUUGCAUACAGCAGCCAGGUGUGCUGCCAAGGAUUAUUAUGAAGUACUUGUGCUGGGUGGAGGCUCUGGUGGAAUUGCCAUGAGUGCUCGGAUGAAGAGGAAAGUGGGGGCAGGAAAUGUAGCUGUGGUUGAGCCAAGUAAGACUCACUACUAUCAGCCUCUGUGGACGCUGGUUGGUGCUGGUGCAAAGCAUGUGUCAGCUUCUGCACGUCCAACAGAAAGGGUGAUGCCUGAAGGUGUUGAGUGGAUUAAAUCUCGCGUUACAGCAUUCGAUCCAGAUAAGAACUGUGUCAGGCUGGAGAAUGAUGUCAAGAUAUCUUAUAAGUACCUGAUAAUUGCCCUUGGGAUUAGUCUGCAUUAUGAAAAGAUCAAAGGCUUGCCUGAGGGUUUUCAUCACCCUAAAAUAGGUUCCAAUUAUUCAGUUCAUACUGUAGAGAAAACGUGGAAAGCUUUGCAAGAUUUCAAGGAAGGAAAUGCUAUCUUCACUUUUCCAAACACUCCGGUGAAAUGUGCUGGGGCUCCCCAGAAAAUCAUGUAUUUAUCUGAGGCCUACUGGAGGAAAACAGGAAAACGACCCAAAGCAAACAUAAUGUUCAACACUUCACUUGGUGUCAUUUUUGGUGUUAAGAAAUAUGCUGAUGCAUUGCUUAAAAUAAUAGAGGAGAGGAAUAUUGCUGUUAAUUAUAAGUGCAACCUUGUUGAAGUUCGAGCAGACAAGCAGGAAGCUGUGUUUGAAAACCUGGACAAACCUGGAGAGACUGAAGUUCAUGAGUAUGAAAUGCUUCAUGUCACACCCCCAAUGGGGCCACCUGAUGUACUUAUCAACAGCCCUGUCUCUGAUGAAAUCGGCUGGGUAGAUGUAAAUAAGGAAACUCUACAACAUAAAAAGUAUCCUAAUAUUUUUGGUAUUGGGGAUUGCACCAACCUUCCAACAUCAAGAACUGCUGCGGCUGUAGCUGCCCAAUCUGGAGUGCUUGAUAAAACUAUUUCCCUGGUAAUGAAGAACCAGUCGCCAACUAAAAAGUAUGAUGGAUAUACUUCCUGCCCACUGGUAACAAGCUAUAACAAGGUGAUUCUAGCAGAAUUUGACUACAAUGCUCAGCCUCUGGAGACCUUUCCCAUUGACCAAAGUAAACAGAGGACAACAAUGUACUAUAUGAAAGCUGAUAUGAUGCCCUUUCUCUAUUGGAAUGCGUUACUCAAGGGAUACUGGGGAGGACCAGCUCCUAUCAGAAAGCUGAUGCAUCUAGGCUUGAAGUAAAUGUUGGUUCUCAGCUCAAGUUCUUGAAGAAAUAAGACUGGCCUUGUGCUGGAUGAGUACGUAUACUCCCUUUUGGACACCUCCUCAAUAGACAGACUUUUUAAAUCAUGCUUUUGUCCCAAACUUUCCCUUUCUACCUCCUAAGGAUUAAGUCUUACUACUUUCUUCUAUGUGAUCCGAGACCUUAAAUUAAUUCUGUACGUAGGUAGCAGUUUCAACUCAAGUGUGAGCUUCCUUCAGCUGCAAUCCACUAAUGAACUUCCUACUACAGUAAUCAGUGCCCUUAAAUCAGUUUUGUAUGUAAGGGAUUUUCUGUGACUACAGCCCAAAUUCCUUGCUUCCAAGAUCUAAACAUGCACUUAAUAAAAUAAGUAAAUGCUAGUAAAACAUUCUGACCAGC